GGUGUGGUUGUUCAGUAUGUUGUUUACCGCACUGUUCUUUUGCAGCUACUUAGGAGCAGAUAACUGGUGCUCCAGGGACUUGCUUGCAUUUCGGACACUUGCUUGGAGCUUUAUUAGAAGAUGCUCCUUGUGGAUGUACUUCUUAGUGGGAUUCUAAUUCUUAUUCACAAAAAGCAUUUUGGUGCAUUAUUAACCUGGAAAAAUCCGCCACUUUCUUUGCAGACUUGAAAAUUGUGUGGAAGCAAGGAUCCCUCUUCCUCUGCCAAUAAGUUUGGAAUACUGUUGUGGGUUUUGCCCAGGAAACUUGGUGGGUAAAGCUCAUUUCCGUUAAAUCAAAACUGAGCUGUGACAUUGACACAGAGUCAUGCCAACUAUGUGGGGAAAGUAGAUAGACCACAGAUGCACAUGUUUUUCUUUUGUAAUUUAAGAUGUGGAGUUUUCUGACAGGAUUUUAAACCUUUUAGUCGAUGUGGCAUUGGUGAUCUGCAUCAGUUUGAGAACAUGAUGGCCAGCAAGCGACAACUUGACUACGUCGAUACUUUAGCUUACACCAAAGUACCACGACUGGAAAAAGAGACUGAAAAUAUGCUGUCCGCACAUUUGUACAAACCUAGCUUGUUGGCUAGAUACUCUAAAGAGAGCCCUUUAAAUUACAGUGGUACAUACUUAACAUAUCCUCUUAACAAUUUGGAUUCAGAAAGCCCACAGUUGUCAACAGAGUGGAAUCCAUUUGCAGCAUAUGUGCAACAUACCCAUAAUCCAGUUAGCCAGCGUGUAAGCUUAAAGCAGCACCCCAAUAGUAGUUUUCUGUACAGGCCUGAUACAUUGACUCCUAACCAAGAUUUCCAGCAUUCUGUAACUGAAAAGGGCAUAUCCAGUUUGAUUAGAAAUGUAAAAAAUGUAGCAGAUAACUGGGGCAACUUUGCAGAACACCAAGGACUUUUAAAACAACAUAAACCAUCCACUGAUGUGAUGAAUUCAGGGCCCACUCUAAAACCAGAUACUGCAAAUACUGCACUGCAGCUACAGACUUCAAGCCAUCACAAAAUUGCAGUUCCUAAGCCUGUGUACGGAAACUGUAUUUGUUCAGAAUCUGGUUGUAAUUCAAAGUCUUGUUUAUCCAUAAGCAACAAUCCAAGUGUGAGGUCACAGAAGGUGGCAUGGAAUGCACCUUCUUCUGUUGCUGCUAGACCUAUGUUUGUGAGUGAAGUCCAGCAAUCCAUCAACCAACAUUGUGGUGCAACUCCGGCACUAGCAAAAAAUACCCUAUGUGAUCGUCUCUUGCAGCACACUCGUGGAGAGGGACUCCAUUCUAAAGAUUCUGGAAGAGGAACGCUGGCAUGUGCAUCACUACAGUAUGACAAAUUUGCAGCUGUCCAAGUGCCAUCCCCAGAAAGAGGGUAUUCUCAGUUGCACAAUGGUAGUCCAAAGAAUAUCCCAUCCCCAUUGGUGGAGCCACAUAAACUUUCUGCUCAUCCUGUGACAGUUGGUUCACAAAUGAUGCCUCACAAAUCAUUGUGUCAAGAAAAACUGCCUGUUUCUAGACAUGUUAUACCUUCACAGAUGUAUACUUGCCCUGCUGGAAGUCCUGUACCCAGCAAAGAUUGUAAUAACUUUUCUCCCAUGCAGUCUGCUGGUAGCCGUGGUUUGUCAUUGAAAGAAGAUCCAAAGCUUACUGCUUAUCUUGAGCAGCAGAGAUCACAAAAUCAUUUAAUGAGGUCUUCUGAUUCUUGUAUGUAUCAGGCUUCUCUUCCACUACCUAGCUCUAUGCAUGUUCCUGUUGUAGAAGCAGGGUUACAGAAAAAAGACAGUACACUCCCAAAUCAGUCUGGAUAUAAACUUGACUUGUUACUGCAACCUCCUGGUUAUACAUUUAGUUCACCUGAAUUCCCUGCUUGUAGGCCUCUGAUCCUGUAUGAUACACAUUCAAACUUGUCAGUCGACUGCAGUGUGCCAAAAGUGCAAGGAGGUUCUCCAACAAAAAAUGGUGGUAGUGCUGUCCAGGUAAACAGCAGUCACAGUGCCUUUCAGCCUGUACAUUCAGAAAGGAACAUGAGUGCAGGUUCUGAUAAACAGAUAAAUACCUUGAGGGAAGAGCUGGAUGCAAGGUCAAGAUUUUUUAGACAGGCAUGUACAAGGUCUGAAUUACCUACUGUAUCUGAGAUGGAGUGUAGGAAGAUAAAAAAACAAGAAGUGUACAUACCUGAAGUUGGAAAACAGUCCCAGAUCUUGGAAGAAUCUCACAGUAAAGCAAGGCACAAACAAUCUGAUUCAGUCAUUCCAAUAAUUAUAAGUGACAGUCCAGAAAAAAAGGAGAUAAACUGUGAAAAAAGGGUUAAAAUGAUGCAGCCUCUGCUGGUCAGUAAUUCAAUUGCUUCCCAACUGAGAGUAGACUGCCUAUCUACUGAUGGAAAAUCAGUGCCACUCCACCACUUGGAGGGACAGAAAAGUUACUCACCUCCAUCACCUCCCAUGCCAGUAAUCAAUAAUGUGUUUAGUUUGGCUCCUUAUAGAUCAUAUUUGGAGAAAGCUUGUUUAGCGUCAUCACCAAAACAAACCGAACAAAAGGCAGAUGGCGAAUGUUCUGCCAUAAGGACAAGAGGCAGUGUGGAAAUAGAGAAAACAGAAUAUAGUCCGGAUAGAAGUUCGAGAUUACCUAAAGAUAAUAUUAUACAAACCCAAGAAACAUACUGUAGUAAGGAUUGCCAUUCAAAUAGUAGCAAAAGGAUGGAAAAAUUGUGGCAGGAGGAGAGCGGAACAAAAGCUGCUCAGGGCACAACAAAUGAAAGGAACGAUACUGGUGAAGAAUUGCACGCUUUGAACUAUUCUUUGAAAAAUGUCAGAAGUGGUGUUUUUCAUGAAAGUUGUGAUAUGAGUGCAAAGACGUCAAGUGGAAAAGUCACAGAACUAGACCAGGAUAGAAUUUUAGAUCUUAGUUUAAAAAAAACUGUAGACAAGACGGUAAAAAAUAUUGCUAGCAUGAAGGGGUGUUCGAACCAAGAAGAAAAUGUGAUGAUAAAACAAACUGAACAUAAUACUGCAUGUAAUGAUGAUAAACUUGAGAAGCCCGAAAAGUUGGACAAUCUAAAGGAAGUGCACCAAAGCUUACCUUUUAUCAAUUCCCCAGAUAAAACCAAUUUCCAGAGCAGUGCAUCUUUUUUGUUCAAAAAAUUUAAAAUUUUGAAGUCUGCUGCUGCAAAGGUUGCAGAAAUCCCGCCAGAGCUGAAAAAGACCAUAGAAGACCCAAGGGUGGAGUUAUGUGCACAGGAAAACUCUCCAGCAUUAAAAUUGACAUCCGGCAAUAACAAAUUUGCUGUUAAACAGAAUAUCUCUCAGGGAUUAAAAUUUUCAGGAACAUUGGUGUUACCAGGCAUUGCUGCAGCUGUGCCCCUGCUGCCUGCUAUUUCUAAUAGUUCAGCAGCACAUGUGGAGUCUAGUACAGGGUUGCCAGGCAGUCAUACUUCAGAACACAAAGCCUCAAGUCGUUCUUUUUUACAUAUGCACCAGACCCUCUGCAGUAUAGUUUCAAAGUCUGUCUUGCAAACAUCUCCAGAUGUCUUAAAGGACUGGUUACAAAAACUGGAGGCAGAAACCAAAACCAAAGCACGAGUGAAAUUGUCAAAACACAAAAAUGGUUCAGAUGUCUUAGAAGCUGUGGACACUACCAAAGGAAAAGAUGUAUGGUUACAUGGAAAUGUGCAAUCCUUCCUAAAAAAUGUUCUGUCUCAGUUAGACAGUUAUAUGUUUUUAAAGACAUGCCCUUUCCCACAUGUGAUAAGAGCUGGAACAGUCUUUAUUCCAAUCUAUGUAGUGAAACAGAAGUUGUUCCCCAGUAUACCUGCUGUACAAAUCGAUCAAGUAUUGCAAGAAUAUAAAGUAGAACUUCGUCCCACAACCCUUUCUGAGGAAAAGCAGCUCACAGAUUUACAGCUCAAGAGUUGUCCUUCUAAGCUGAAGAAGCUGCUUUCACUGAAACAGUUGCCAGUUAUCUACCCAGACCUCCUCAAUCUCUACUGGUGUGACUGCGCCAAGAAUCGUCUUGGCAAGCAAAGUGAACAUGUAGUUGCUACGGGUCCCUUUUCAUCUGAUCCUGAGAGUAAACCAGAAGCUGCAAGCAAGCAUUUAGAAAGUAUAGUUGAAGGAAAUGUAAAUGCAGUGAAUACCAUUAAACAGGAAGAAAUCAGAGUCAAAAGGAAAAGAGGCAAGAGGAAAUCUGUUGCUCAAUCAAGCCAGAAGUCCAAAGAGCCACUGCGCUUUAGGUCAAAGCUUUUGUGUAAAGGGAAAACAAAAGAUGUUUCUGAGACAGUGACUUCCUGUGAUGGCACAGAUGUUAUUAGUAAAAAUGAGAAACUGUCACAGUUCUGUGAGAAGUUACCUGAGGUGAAGCCAGACAACAUUUUAAAAGCACAAAGUGAGACUGACCACAAGUUUGCAUUGGAAAAAAGUAGUGGUUCUUUGGUUCUAAAGCUAAAACGAGUGCCAGUUAAGAGCAGUGUUCAUCGCAAGAGAUCAACUCAUGAUAAACAACCAGCUCCUGGUAUUAAACUUAAAUUAGUAAAUAUGAUGCCACAGAGCUCGGAAGGAAACUUUAAAUGUUCUUAUGACUCUGAAGAUUGUUCUCAACUGAACCUUAAAGUUACUCAAGUGACACCCAAGAAAAAAAAAAAAAUUCACGAUAACUUUAGACUAACAAGGAGUCCAUCAAAGGUGCUUCACCUCCGCAGAUCAGUAGUAAGCAUCAAGUUUCACAGGCUUCAUGAUAGAACACAAAAAGCAACUUUUUGCCAUACUGGUGUUGCAGCCAAACGGAAGGCAACAUUGCUGAAACCCAAGUUUUUGUUGAAUCGAACUUUGCAGCACAGCUCCACCUCCAGAGAAUGCAUACCAAGAAAAGAGUACCCAGAAUUAGUGGGGAAACAAAUCUGCCAUCUUUAUGAGGAGAAUGACAAAUCAGAGUCUUGGUACAGGGGUGUGGUUGUGCGAAUUCAUGAAAAGCAUCCGAAUCCACUAAAGACUGUGUACGAGGUCAGAUAUGACACUGAGCCAGAGUGGCUGUACUACCUUGAACUUUUACAAGAUUAUGAGAAAGGGUGGCUUAAAGUUGAUGAAUAAACUGUAAUGCCAGCAACAGUGUGCCUUCUUUAACCAUAUUUGUAUUCAGGGAUCAGGCUGCAAUUCUCAGUUUCAUACACUGGUACAGUUUGACCUGGACAGUUUUUAUUUCAAAAUAAACCCCCUCCACUAGCUGUCAGUGGUGCAGGGCUGGGGGGAUGAGCUGCUUAUUCAGAUCUUGUUAUGAAAAUGCCCAUAUUAAUUGUCUACAAAUCCAUUCACUAAGGUGGGUAUGGCUAAACAAGUGCCCAAGUCAGGGAGACUUGGGUUUACAGGUGACUACUAAACUAAACUGCCUUGAUGGGCCAUUUUAAACCUGACAAUUACUGUUUGUCUGUGAGGUGAAGACCUUGACCGUUAUGCCAAACCCACUUGUCCUGUGCUCAUUAUUAUAUGAACAAGGAAUCCAAGCCAGAACCAGACACUGUUAAGUAGACUUCAUUUUGGGAGCUUCUCUGUGUAAAGUAUUCUUGUGUGUCAAGCAACUACUUAGCACUGUAUUCAUGUACCUGGUGGCAAACCAUGCGUGGACUAGCAAUGUCCUUUAAAUGGAUUUCCAGAUAGGUCACUAAUGGCACUAGUAUUCAACAUUGCUUCAAGCAAAUACUAACUUGUUAUUGAUGUAGUAAAUGGUUAUAGGCUCUAACUCCCUGCCUUUAUCACUUGCAUUAUCAGUACUUCCCAAUGAAAACUAUGCCUAACCUUACUGAAUUUACCUUAUUCUUAUGUGUUCUUCCCAGUAUUUUAUUUCUUCAACAAGUACCAUAAAAUGACACACAUUUGCAGUCCAGACUUACAAACUUAAUUUAGUAGUAAUGUCUUAAUGCAUUAAUGCUCUGUGGUUGGCACACAUCAGUUAUUUUAAUGCCAUUUAAAGCACACACAACAAAAUUUGUUCAAUUCAAGUGCUUAGCUACCCCAAGAUUCAUCCGUACAUGACACGUUCACUUUGAAGAACAUUUUGAAAUGAACAUUAAAAUUUAUAGAUUUAAUUUAUGGCUGUCAGUCUGCAGACUAUUACAAGCUUAGCCAAUAACCAGAGUUCAGAAUCAAACCAUCUGCCUUGUAUCUAUGAGGUAAAGACCUUAACCUCGCUAGCAGUCAGGUGGUACCAAAGUAUACAAUUAACUCCCCAGUUAUCACCCUGCACUGCUUUUUUUUUCAGAUGUGGAAUCUCGUUAAGUUUAGGCUUAUAAACUGUUUAUACAGAAACAGGGUAGGUACAGAUGAUGUUGCCCAGUAAAACAUUAUCCAGAGUUAAUGACAAGAAGGCCUUUAAGAGAACCCUCUCGUUUUUUGUGCUGAGCUCACCCACCCUUCCUCCAUACCUUUCUGCUUUCCAUCUGAAAUGAUGCUUUAGUUCCAUUAAUAUGCAGAUGGCAUAACAUGGGUGGCCACGGUCUCCUUAUCCAGUAUCUAUUUGACAUUUCAAACAAUAGUAGGCUGUUUUCCACUUCUAAUUGAAAUCUUCCUGCCACUCUGUUUGCACACUGACUAGAGGAAAAUAUGGGACUUCCAAUUACAACUUACAUUUUCCCCUACUAUAAUUAAAAACUCCACUGAUGUCCUUCAAUGAUGCAUCUCAGUCCUAACAAAUGGGUUGUCCUGUCGUCAGGCAGCCCUUCGGUCGGCCGGAUUCCGUUUGCACACUGACUAGAGGAAAAUAUGGGACUUCCAAUUACAACUUACAUUUUCCCCUACUAUAAUUAAAAACUCCACUGUUUUCCUUUGUUUAGCACCACAGCUGAGAUAUUUAUCCUGCAGAGGACCAGUACACUGCUCAUCCAAAUACUUAUCUCCACAUAAGUUGUACUGCUUUUGCAUCAUCUUCCUAGAAUAACAACCAUUUCCUUUACUGAGCUAAGACGUGGCUCUUUCUUCCAGUAUCUGUUGUGUACUUUUUAUGUUUGGGGCAAAAAAGUUUUGUAUGGGAAAGUACAGCUUGACCAGGAAGAGGAAACCCAUUUAGCAUAUGUGAUAACCUCUUUGACACCUCACAGGCCAUUUUGGCUGAAGUAAAAUGUUCCUGGAAAUGUUAAUUGCUCAUGGAGAACUAGCUGUUUAUGUGGUGAGCCUAAUGUACAAGGAAGUUGUUUUCUGACUUUGAAGCCAUUAUAUUUUUAGACAUAGAUAUUCAGUGCCUCUUAAAAAUAACCAGUUAACUCUGCUCUUUGCACAUAUUACGGUGUAUGUUGUUCUUUUAUUUCCUGUUGUCAACAGUAACUCCACUCUUCCUGCAGUGUAGGCUUCCAUUGUAAAUUUAGUUCACUACUGUUGGAAAAAAGCAGUAAUCAUGUUGGCCAUUUGUAUUAACUACUCAAGAGUGGACUCUCAUUUCUUCUGCUUCUACAACAGAAUUAUCCAUGAGUCCUCUAGAGUUACCGCUUCUUACAUAUGAGUAAUACAGUGUGUCCAUCCUUGUAAGUGUUAAGGCAUGCCUGUUCUUUAAGUUGCUUUUCAGUUUCAGUCUAAGCAUUAAUCCAAGCAAGACUUCACUCUUCCAAGAGCAGUGGGGAACACACAGAUCUUGAAAUACUCUUGUUUCUGCUCAUUUCUGUAAGUACAAAUUCCAACUCCAAAACAUUUUGGACUGAUAACCAAAUUUAGUUAUACUAACAGAUAUCACAGGCAAAUCGUUUUGUAGUGUAUGGUGCACCCUGAUUACGCUUCAGAAUUGGAAAAAAUGAUAAACCUGUUACUCAGUACUAUAGUGCGAGACCUGACUAUAACAGCACUGUGUAAUAACUGCUACACACCUCCUAAGCACUGUGAUGGUCUGUUGGGUAUAUGGGAAAAGACAUUCCUUCAUUCCCUGAAUAUCUGUCCUCCUAUGUCCACAGAAGUUUACAGACAUUAAUCUGUAAGUAAGUUAUUUAGGUUAGGGCAGUAUUUAAAAACUGUCCUGACUUUUUCCUUACUUGCUGUCUAUGCAACAGCACUCACUGUGUUUUACUGGCUACUCCAUGCAGUACAAACUCUUAUGAUCAGGUGUUACCGAUCAUAACCUGUUUAUUAUGAGUUCUUGACAUGGAUGCCAAGAUUCCCCUCUCAAGCUUCGCUCUUUGGGUGAAUUUCAUUUAUUUUUUUAUUUGUUUUUUAAACAAUAGAUAAACAAAUCAAUUUUAAAACAAACUAAUUAUUUACAUAGGUCCACAGCCGAUCAAUACAUUAAAGUUGUACAUAUCAAAAACAUGUAAUAUUUUUCAAGCAAGUCUUAAGUUUAAGCCAAGAUUUAUAUGAAUGUGUAAUAUUAGAAAUUAUCAUCUUUAUAGUAUGCAGUUCACUACUGCAAGCAGUUUUUCUGCCAUACUAAUAAAUUCAACACUAGGGGGGUUACUUUACUUUUCCAAUUUUUAGCAAUUACUUUUCCGGCUAUAGCAAGUCUAGUCGCUUGGGUUUUGGAAUUAUCUCAGGAAUCUGAGCAUUAAGUAAAACUAAAGAUUUAGAAAUGUUACAUCUAUCUGACCAUAGAGCAUGAAUGAAGUAAUUUAAUAAUAUUAGUUAAAUUAUUAAUUUCUUUCCAAAAAGGUGGAGAUGACUUCACAUUCAUAUACUGUAUGCAUCCAGUCAGCUAUUAUUUCAGAAUCGCAUCUUCAGCAUUUAAUUCUAUUUGAUUUAUACAUAACUGUAAUUUUAUUAGCUCGAGGUGAAUUUCUUGGUAUCCUUGUCUCAAAACACAUAAUGAAGUGAUUGGAUACAUGAUUAUAACCCUCUAUAUUGUGCACAUUGGUUUGUUGCCUUCAUGUUUUGUAUCAGAAAAAUUAAGUCUGUGAAACUGUUUGACUACCCCGUUCUUCCCAAACAGUAAUGUUUCUUGUACAUUAACGCACUGUUUCAGAACAAGAUACGAGUUUUGUACUUAAAACUGAGCAGAAGGAGAAGGUGGAGCUGCUGCUUUUUGGUUGUUAAAGUGGUAGAGUGCCCCAGUUUAGAUGGCAUGGUAUAAUUGCACAAAUGGACUACUAAAAUAGUAUGCUUUUUUAAGCCAUGAAUGUACAAGAUUGAGGUUUUUAUUCGAACUAGAGGGUAGACAUUGUGUGCAUUACCCAUUCUUUUUCUCACUGCAUGAUGCACAUGCUGCUGCAAAGAAGGGAUGGGUUUGUAGCGUAUCAUCCUUUUUAUUACAGGAAAUGUUGAGCCUUUUUGACUUUUGAUUACUCCCAGUUAAAGUUGACCUCUUGUGUGAAGGUCACUUUUAUAACAUUUUUUCCUAAGUUAUUGUUGCUGACCUUGUUAUCUGUCAAGUGAAGUUCUACAGCAAAUUGUUACUUUUGUCUGCAUUCUGCUACUAUAUAAUCAUUUUUAUUUUCUGACCCUCCUGAAUUGCAGAUUGUAAUCCUCUUGAGAUUUCAAUUCAGUCUGUAUGGUCCAGUUUUAUUUUUUAAUAAUUGUUUUCCAUAAAGUAGGUAAUGACUGGGAAUGUUACUGUUUACUUUGUUCUGAACAUACCUACACUAUAAUUUGUUUUACUGCUGUACCAGUUCAUAACUGUAUAUUCCAAAUUAUGUUCUUUUUUGUUGUUGUUUACAGAGGUUUGUUGUUACAGAAUUAGUGAUUUUUCUUUUCACUACAGAGUAGUAUUUUUGUAAAGUUUACAUGUUUUAUAUGCUGUUCCUGUUGGACUUGUUUCGUACAAGUUGUUAAAUUUUCUUGCAUAAGGUUUUGUAUUACAUAAAUUCUAUGAAUACUUCUUUAUCCUGCAAAUGUCGUAAGAUACUUUUAGUGGUUAGACCACUGUCUUGUGUUCAUAAUGUAAUUUUGUAAAAAAGUGUAAGCUGAGUAACUUUAUUGCCUUAAUUUAAUUUUUUAUACGAAUUUGGUUUCAUUGAAAAGAAACCAUAAUAAAAUCUUAAAACAAA